ACGGCUUUGCGACUCAACCGCGUUCGGGGCUGGUGGGUCGUCUCGGUUUCUCGCCCGUCGCUUGGCGGCCAUCUUGCCUCGUCGCCAGGCCGGACACAAGGGCCGGCCAUUUCCGAGUCUGCAAUGAACCUUCGCUCUCCUCGGCGUUCACGCCUCGUCACCGACCCCAUGCCCCCCCACCCCUCAACCCCUCGACUCCACACAUCGAGUGCAUCCGUGACGGAGGCUAUCACCUCGCUGGUUGCCUUGGCAUCGGCAACUGUCUGCCAGGCAUUACAUGACAGAGCAAUGGACAAGAGGCGAUUAGGGCCAGUGGCUACGACUGCCCCGGUUAAUGUCAGCGCUGCGUCACCAAGGCGACGCGAACAGGAGCAGGCUUGGGGCGUCAGUAUGGACCGAGGCUCGCUCGAUCCUGCCACGUCUGUGUGGCCUUUUAGUGGGUCCAUCGGCUGA